GGAUCGGGGGACAGGGUCGGGAACGCGCCUGGCGGAGCUGCCGCGGGGAUGCGACCCGCGGGGCCGGGGAAAGGUCCCGCCCGGGACACUCGCCGCUGGCGCCGGGCUGCGUCCCACGGGCCGUGGGUGCCGCCUCCCGUCCCUGUCCCUCUGGCGGUGCGAGGUGCCGGGGGUGGGCCCUGAGCCGUGCAGCCCCUCCCGCUCCCUCGCCGAGCCCGGGAGCGCCCGUCGGGGCGGCGGCGGGGCCGGUCCUUGACCCCGGUUAAUGAUUCGCGGCCGGGCGCUGCCAGCGGCCCCGCUGGGCAAACACCAGCCCGGGGGCUCCAGGCCCGGCCGGGCGCUGCUGGCGCCGUCGGGGCCGGGGCCGUGGGAGGGCGCAUCCCCCCGGGGGCCGCUGGGGCACGGCCCGGGGGGGUGGGGGGUGUCACGGUCCGGGGAGCCCCUUCUGGGGGGAGGCACGGGGAGGGGGUCACCGCCCCGUUUUGGGGGUCGCCAGCCGGGUCCCGUCGCGGCUGUUGCUCCGGGGGGGGGGGCCGGGCCGGGGGCCGGUGGCCGCGGGGCGGGGGGGGAGGGGGGGGGCCGGGGCGGGGCGGUCCCGCGGGGCGCCGUUAAAGCGGCGGCCGGAGGCCGUGGCCGGAGGCGGCGGCGAUGGGCAGCGAGGGGGAGCGGGGCGCGGCGGCGGCCCCGGGCCCGGGCGACCCGCGGGCGCUGCGGAGGGACUGCCAGCACCGUGUACAAGUCGCCCGACUAUGAGGAGCUGGCCUUCGCCCUGCUGCUGGAGCACCUCGUCUCCAUCGGGUACCCCCACGAGAUCCUCGCCUACAAGUACGACCCCACCUUCCCCACCCGGGGGCUGGUGUUCGACGCCCUGUAUGGGAACCUGCUGAAGGUGGACUCCCACGGGAACCUGCUGGUCUGUGCCCAUGGCUUCCGCUUCCUCAAGGGGGCCGAAAUCCUCCACUAUUACCCCAACAAGUUCAUCCAGCGGGAUGACAUGAAGCGCUUCCACAUCCUCAACACCCUCUUCAACCUCACUGAGGCCUACCUCUACGCCUGUCUCGUGGACUUCUUCACCAACUGCUCCAGAUACGUCAACUGCGACACCGGCUACAAGCAUGGGAACCUCUUCAUGUCCUUCCGCAGCAUGUUCCAGGAUGUGCGUGAGGCCAUGGACCACGUCCACCUCUCGGGCUGCCUGAAGGAGAAGACACUGGAGAACCUGGAGAAAUACGUGGUGAAGGAUCCCCGCGUGCCGCUGCUGCUGAGCCGCAUGAAGGAGGUGGGGAAGGUCUUCCUGGCCACCAACAGCGACUACAACUACACUGACGCCAUCAUGUCCUACCUGUUCGACUUCAGCGAUGGGGACAAGGCUGAGACCCCGCAGCGUCCCUGGCGAUCCUAUUUCGACCUCAUCGUGGUAGACACCCGCAAGCCACUCUUCUUUGCUGAGGGCACCGUCCUGCGCCAAGUCAACACGGACACGGGGAAGCUGCGCAUCGGGACGUACACUGGCCCGCUACAGCACUGCGCCGUCUACUCCGGCGGAUCCUCGGAUGUGGUGUGUGACCUGCUGGGCGUGAAAGGCAAGGACAUCCUCUACAUGGGGGACCACAUCUUCGGGGACAUCCUCAAGUCCAAGAAGCGGCAGGGCUGGCGCACCUUCCUGGUGGUGCCCGAGCUGGCCCGCGAGCUGCAGGUCUGGACGGAGAAGAGCGAGCUGUUUGAGGAGCUGCGGAGCCUGGACCUCUUCCUGGCGGAGUUGUACCAGCAUUUGGACAGUGGCAGCAGCGAGCGCCCAGACAUCAGCUCCAUCAAGCGUCGGAUCCAGAAAGUCACGCAUGAGAUGGACAUGUGCUACGGGAAGAUGGGCAGCCUCUUCCGCUGUGGCUCGCGCCAGACGCUCUUUGCCAACCAGCUGAUGCGCUACGCAGACCUUUAUGCCGCCUCCUUCAUCAACUUCCUCUACUAUCCCUUCAGCUACCUCUUCCGGGCACCCCCGGUGCUGAUGGCACACGAGUCGACGGUGGAGCACGGCCGCCUGGACACGGGGGAGGCAGGCAUGGCCCUGGCCCCCUGGCUGACCCGGCACAGCCACCCUGGCCAGCAGGUCACUGGGGUCCCCCCAGACUCCAGCGGGGAGGAGGAGGAUGAUGGAGAAGCCUGAGCCCACCCCAGCACCAACGGCUGCUGAGCUGGCAGGUGACAGCCCACAUGGGGGCAUUCGGUAGCCCUGGACCACUGCCAGCUGGCAGACCAAAGCCACCCAUGGCCAGCCACCGCCUCCCAUGGCCACAGGAUGGCUGGUGGCUCUGGCCCAUGCCCCAUGUCACACCUGUCCCUGUGCAGUGGUGCCCCUUCUCCCGCUUGUGCCAGGAGCUGGGUCCUUGAGCCCAUGGGCUGCCCAGUGCCCCCCGCUUCCAGUCGUGGCCCCCCUGGCAUCAGCUGCGUCUCCCGGCCAGCUCGAUGCCAGUCUGGGGCCACCCAAUGCUGGGGAGAGCUGGCAGCGCUGCGGCUCUGGGCAUCGCUGGAAGCCCACCUUGCACCAGUUGGUGGUCCCAGCAGCUCCAACCCCGGGCUCACCGCAGCGCUGGGCUCUGGGUGGAGGUGGGUGACGUUGCUCAGACAUAGGAGACCUCUGGAGGCGACUGCUGCUCCCCAGGAAUCCCUUUUCCCUGCUGUCACCUGCUUCUGUUUUCUAUCCUUUUCUAUUUAUAAAAGGGACUCAAACUCCUGGCACUGCAGACAUAAAAUUGGCUAUUUUAAACCAAAACUGCUUUGCCCUCGAGCCUGGGAGGUGGGGGGCAAAGGGAAAUUCCCAAAUCCUCGGCCAGUAGCUGGGACAACUGCAAGCCCCCAGGCAGAGCGUGGCCACCCCGAGACACCUCUGCCAGCACUGUCCUGCACUCCGGAGGAGGGGGACAAGGUCUGCCGGGACUUCCAGAUCCUGCUCUGACUUCUUCCAACAGUGAGGUUCUCAAUAAAGAUGCUGAGCCAAC